AUGGUUGUUGGAGACUGGGUGAUGGUGGUUGAUGCUUUUAAGAAGAUAGAAGAAGAGGAUGGGAUGAUCGACAGCCUCGGCUGGGGAUUGUCAUAUGACUUCUGGUUUUUGCUUGGAGCUGAGAUUGAAGUCAGUGACGGAGCAGAAACGGGCAGCACAUUCCCAGUUGCCCCACAAACACCUCCCCUGUAA